AUGGAAUAAUAACCAUCUUGUUAUACAAUUAAGCCUCGAUUUUAACAGGUAAAGAGCCACAAUAUUUUCUUUACUCGUUUGACUGGGCUCAUAAAAUAAGUUAAAAAUUUAAAAAGUGACUAAUAAAUUCAAUGCAGCGAUAUAGAGGAAUAUAUCACUUAGGAAACAGAAGUAACAGCAUAAAUAAAGAAGCUGGAGAGCUACAAAGAAGAAAACAAACAUCUUUUUCAAGCUGAAAAGUUUGAUUUAUAUAAAUUAUUCACUCAUAUGACUGGAAAGAAUUUAAUAACUGGUUUGCUUCUUUCUUUGCUUGCAAAUGCGCUAAAUUUUUUAGGUAUAUUUAUUUUAGAUGAAAUAACUUUGUAUUUGAAAGACUACAAAGAAGAAUCAUCAUAAUAAUUAGACAUCUCACUCAUGCUUAUCGCUAUUAUGAUAAAUUACUUUUUAAAGUCUAUUGUUCAGACUUAGUAUUAAUGGUAAGGAAAUAAAUGGCAUGCGAAAUGUAAGACUUCAAUUUAAUAUUUAGUCUACUAAAAAUCUCUACGCUUGAAGAUUUAUUCAAAUUAGAACGGGUCUAAACUUAGCGAUAAUAAUGAUUCCUAGGAUGAUACAGAAAAAAACCCAGACAUAAAUAAUAUAUUAACUGUUGAUGUGGAAACUUUGCUGCAAUUAUACAACGGAAUUAUCGAGACUAUUUCUAGUAUUGUCUCUAUAGUUGUAAUUGUGCUUCUUAUUUACUACAAGAUUGGAAGUGCAAUUAAAAACGGGUUGUAUAUUUUAAUAGGUGCCUUUGUAUUUAAUAUGAUUGUUGGUCUGCUAGUUGGAAUUGCAGUUGAGGUGAUGUACAAAAUAAAAGAUGAAAGAGCUAUUCUAACUAAAGAUGUAAUCGAAGGAAUUAAAAGCAUUAAGUAUCUAAGCUGGGAAUAUAUUUUUUUGAAAAAAAUAAACUCUAUUAGAAACAGAGAGUAUAAAAAUUUAAUCUUUUUGAAAGUUCUUGAUGGCAUUUUAACGAUAUUCUGGUAGUCUUUGAAAGUCAUUUUGCUCUUCACUUUUUUAAAGGGCUACUUAGAUUAAGGAAACAAUCUAUAAGAUUCAAACAUUUUUACAAUAAUAGCAUUGUUUGGGAGCUUGACAUAUCCCUUAGGGAUCAUUCCUCAUACAAUUGAAUAAGUUUCUUAAAGUAGAGUUUCAUACAAUCGCAUCAAACUUUUUUUAAAUUAACCAGAAAUAGAAGAAGAAACAGUCUAAGAAAACGUAGAUGAAAGCCAGUAAAAUGUAGCUAUUCAUUUAAAAUAGAUAUCCUUCAGUUGGCCCAGUAAAAAUAGUAAUUAAUCAUAAACAGAAACCCAAAACUUUCUUUAGUCAAGCAAAAAUAUCAAAAUUUAUCAGAGUGACCAAAAAACAGAUGACAAAAUAAGUUCGAAAAAUGAAAUUAAAAACUAUUAGUUUAGUUUAAAAAUUGAUAAUCUUGUUAUUUAAAAAGGUUCUUUAAAUUAUGUAGUAGGUGAAAUAGGUUCUGGUAAGACUGCUUUUCUCCUCUCAAUAUUGAAUGAAAUGGAUUGUCAUAAAUCAUCUAAAACAAAUUAAUAAGAACUAAUCAAUGGCUAAGACCAAAAUUUAAGACUGAUAAAAGAAGAAUCUUAAAUAAAAAAAGGUUAAUUAGAUAAAGGCAAAAUUAUUUUAAAUGGGAUGAUAGGCUAUGUUGCCUAAAAUCACUGGCUGCAAAGCUAAACAGUAAGAGAAAAUAUUUUAUUUGGUUAAUUAUAUGACCAAGAAUGGUACGACAUAUGUAUAAAAAUAUGCCAACUUAAAGCUGACUUUGAGUAAUUUGAUGGAGGUGACUUGAAACUUGUUUCUGGUGAUGGUAGUAAUCUGAGUGGAGGUUAAAGAUAAAGAAUAUCAUUAUGCAGAGCCCUAUAUUAGAACAAAGACAUUUAUUUAUUUGAUGAUAUUUUCUCCAGCUUAGAUAUUCACGUGGCUCAUAAAAUUCAUUAAAACAUAAUAGAAUAUCUUAUUAAACAAUACUAAAAAACCGUAAUCCUAGUUAUAAGUCACUAUGGCUUACUUAAACAUUCCAUUUAAGAUAAAAAUAUAAUUUAUAUAAACCAAGGACACUUAAUACAAGAUUAAAAUAUUAUUUAAGAUUACAUUUAGUCAUGCACUUAAAAAAUUGAUAAGAAUUAAUUUAAUGAAGAAAUAUUUCCUCAAAAUUUAAACUAAGAUCCUGAAAACGAAGUAGACAAACAAUGCGAACUAAAUUGUAUUAAUCUAAAAAAAGACAAAAAAAAUGUAAAAUUUUUAUGGAUAAUUUUUAUAUCGAUUUUAAAUAAAAAAUAAGCUUAUUAUUAACUGUAUUUUCAUAAUUAACAGGUUGAAUAGCAAAUAGACGAAAAUGAAGAAGUAAGAGAAAAAGGAGAAAUUAAAUUAAUUACUUGGAAAGCCUACAUCUAAUCUAUUGGAUUAGCAUUUGUCAUUUUAUUUUUACUUUUUGAAAUGCUACCUUCUGCCUGCUCAAUUUUUACAGAUUUUUGGCUAAGAAGCCAAGUUUCUAAAGAUCAAAAUGGAUCACUUUCUUUUCAUUUUAUUGAUAAACAUUUUAACAGCUUUGAAUCUGAAUUUUUAUUUUUGACAUUAUUAUCUAUUUGUUUUGCUACAAUUGGUGGAAUUCUCUAUAUAACUGUCAGCCUAUUAAGCAGCCUUAGAAUAUUUAGGAAACUAAAUAACUCAAUCAUGUUUAGCCAAAUGAAAUUUUUUGACUGCAAUCCUAUUGGCAGAAUUAUGAAGCGUUUAUCUGACGAUAUUAAUAUUAUUGAUAGCGAAUUACCUAUGUAUAUCUAAAUAUUUUUAGAUGAAUUUUCUUACACAUUAGGAUAUCCUAUUGCUAUUAUCAUCUAAAAUCCUUGGCUCAUAUUAUUUGUGUUAAUUGCUAUGGUAAUAGCUUAUUUUGUUUAAAAGGUUUAUAGAGAAGCUAGUAGAGAAAUCAAGAGAUUAAGUGCAGUUGAUUCUGGUAGGCUGCUUACUCAUAUAACAGAAUCAAGUAGAGGAUUGAUGCUAAUCAGAUCAUUUAAAAAAGAGAGAUACAUGGUUUUGUCUUAUCUAUAAAAGCUUGGCAAGAGCAUAAAUAGCUUUUUGCUAUCUGAAUAACUUUAAGUAUGGAUGAACAUAAGAUUAUUUACUAUUUGCUGUGCCGUUUAAUCUUUUAUCGCCUGCUCUGUUAUAGUUAUAAUAGUAGCUAAAAUCUCUAUUGAUUACAAUAUAAUUGCACUUUCAUUGACUUAUUCUAUUCUAUUUAUCAAUAACUUCGCAGAUUGUAUGCUCUUUUUCUGCAUCAGCGAAUAAAAUUUUGUAAGUGUAGAAAGAAUAAGGCAAUAUUUUGAUAAUACUUAAGAAAAUUUAGAAUCAGUAAAAUGGAAUAACCAUUAAACUUCUCAAUAAAAUUCUAGUUUAAAUGAGCAAGAAGUUUAAGAAAAAAACACCAUUGUAUUCAAAUCAGUUUCUGUUUCAUAUGAUAGCCAAUUUUUUUAAAAUAAAAACGAAAUAAUAUAGGAAGAGUCUGUCCAUUAUGCAUUAAAAAAUGUUUCUUUUAGUAUUAAGAAAGGAGAAAAGGUUGCUUUUUGUGGUAGAACUGGCUCAGGGAAAACUUCUAUUCUAAAUGUUCUUUUUGGAAUGUAUCCUAUUUAGAAAGGUAGAAUAUUUGUUAACAACAAAGACAUCAAUGACCUAACUCUUAAAGAUUUAAGAAGCUAAAUGUCAAUCAUCCCAUAAUUUGGCUUUUUAUAUAAUGCUUCAUUGAGAGAUAAUCUGGAUCCUCUAAAUUCCAUAUCAUAAUCUAGAGUGCAAGAUUUGGUUUAACAGUCUCACCUAAAUCUAUCAAAGAAUUAAAAAAUUUAAACUUAAUCUGAUAGCAAUUAGUAGGAUUUGUAAUCAAAAGAACAAGGAGAUUUAAAAACAAUUUCAGAAAAUGACCUAUCUUUCUAAAUUGAAGAAGGUGGAAAAAAUUUAUCUAAUGGGUAAAAAUAAAUGAUAAACUUUUUAAGAAUAGUUUUGAGAGAUUCUGAAAUAAUAUGUCUAGAUGAAGCUACUUCUAAUAUGGAUCCUAACACUGAUGCGCUUUUACAUUAAAAGCUAUUUGAAUUUUCUAAAGAAAAAACUUUAAUAGUCAUCACUCAUAGACUUGAAAAUAUUGAAAAAUUUGAUAGAGUUUUUGUUUUAGACUAAGGGAUUAUAGUUGAAAGUGGCCAUGCUUCUGAAUUGAAGAAGAUAUAAGGUGGAUUCUUUUAUAAUUAAUAUUAAUAAGAAUAUUGA